UCUGCUCCCCAGGGCGGCACCGGCACCGGCGGCGGCGGCGGCGGCGCGGAGGAGCGGGGGACCGGCCCGCCAGCACUGAGCACCCCCACAACCCCCCUCCCCGGCACCGCCUUGCCCUGUGAGCGGACGGAGGCGAGAGCGAGCGCGGGAGGAGACGGCGAAGAGGCGCUGCGCCCCCCGCCCCCAACGCCCCGGCGGACCGACCGACCCUGCCCGAGGCGCUGCUGCGGCUCCCCGGGGACGCGCCGCCGCCUCCCCGCCGACCCCCUCCCCGGGUCCCAGCUGCUCCCGCCGCCCACCCGGAUCCCCGCCGGAUCCCUGCGGAGGACACGGAGAGAGCCGCGGGAUCCCCCGCCCCGCGCCCGCCCGCGGAUCCCGCUGCGAGCACAGACUGUCGGGUUUCCCCCGCUCCCUCCUCCCUCCGUGAAAGACUUUUUGCUGGAUCCUCCUCCCCGGAUCCCCCUCCCCGCGCUCGCUCCUUCCUGCGGGAGCGGCCGCCGGAUCCUCCUCCCGGCCCGGAUCGCCCGCGGGGUCCCUGCGGAGCCGCGGACCCUCCUCCCCUGGCAGAGACACCGCUGGAUCCUCCGCCCCCCCGGAGCUCCCGGCGGGAUCCUCCUCCCGCCCGCAGCCCCAUGUGAGACUCCGCGUCCCCCCCGGUGGCUCCGCCGUGGUGUUUUAUUUUUCUCUCUCCCCCUCCUCCCUCUUUUAUUUUGAAGGGGGGAUCCAUCUUAAAACUCUCUCUUUUUUUUUUUUUUUCUGGAUCCCGGUUUCUCUUUUUUGAUUUGCACUUUUUGAAAAAGCCCUCAGAUGCUCCUCCAUGUGGACUGAGAACCCAUCAAGGCACACACAACACGAGAACUCAUCCUGAUCAACUCCAAAUCCUGGCUUUUCGUGGGUUUUGCUGCAACACAUAAAAGCAAACUUGUAUUUAAGACACACUCGUGCAAAAAUUUAGCUGGGGACUUGAACGUGUAUUUUGUCUUGGUCUUGGUUAUAUAUUUUUUUUUUUGGUUUUUAUUUUUGCUUCACUGGAAGUCAAAAGCUUGUUUUGGAAUUGGACCUGCUUUUGCUGCACUUCUCCUCUGGGCUGGAUAACACUGAAGCUCUUUGCUUUUCUACUUGGAUAGUGUUUUCCUGUUGAUCUGUUGGGUUUUUUUUUUCAUCUCCUGUGUGGCAGACUUUUUUUUUUCUGAGGGGGGUAAACAAACGACAACAACAAAAAAAACUUAGUUUUUUUGGCCGUGUGAGAUUUUUUUCGUAUUCAGAUUCGUGAAAUUACGGGUACACUUACAAAAAAAUUUUAAAAAGAAGCAUUAAAAAUAAGAAAGGAACACGUCAGAAAGACCCCUACACGGUAGACAAAAUACUCACUUGUUUCCUUACAGCAAGACUGAAUCGAAAGCUGCCAAAGAGCCCCAUAAAGAAAAGACUAAAAGGGAGAAAGAACAAGAAACACAAGAAGAGGAACAUUUGAUGGAAGAAAAGAAAAAGAAAAAGCAGGAAGAAAAGAAAAAGAAGGAAGGUGCUCAGAAAAAGGCUGCUGAACAAAAAACCAAAGUGCCAGAACCUAUUAAGACCAGUUUAAGCCAGCCCCAACCUGCCGGUACCGGUACCAGUACUUCCACCAGCACUAUUACCAACAGCAGCAAUGGCAAGCGCGCGUCUGCGAAUGGGCAGCAGCCGGCUGCGUCCCGAUACCUGCCUCGAGAGGUGCCUCCACGCUUCCGCCAGCAAGAACAGAAGCAGCUCCUAAAGCGGGGGCAGCCACUGCCCACCGGGACUCUGAGCGGCACCAGCCCCGCGCCAGGCGCUGCGCCAACAGGGGCCAGUCCUCCUCCGCAGCAGGGAGCAGGUGGACAGCAUCAUCCCAGUAAGACCCAACCAGAUCUCAGCCACAGUGGAUUGGGAGACCAUUAUGAGAAUUCCCACUGGGGACAGCAGCCCGCUUUCAGGAGUGAAGGCAACUGCAGCUGGGAUAAAGUGAUAAUAGACAGGACUGACAAGGAAGCGUGGCCUUCCAUAACCGGAGCUGAGACUGAGUCUGCCUCAGAAUGUACUACAGACACUGACUCUGCCUCCAACUGUGGCUCAGAGAACAGUAGCAUGGCUACAGGGAGUGCCCAAGGCAACUUCACUGGGCAUACAAAGAAAACUAAUGGCAAUAAUGGCGCCAACGGAGCACUCGUCCAAAGCACUUCUAACCAGAGUGCCCUUGGAGCUGGUGGAGCAAACGGCAACGGCAGCUCGGCCAGGGUGUGGGGGGUGGCUGCGGGCUCCAGCUCUGGCCUAGCUCACUGCUCUGCCAGUGGUGGGGAUGGAAAGAUGGACAACAUGAUGGGAGACGGUAGAAGUCAGAACUGCUGGGGUGCUUCCAACUCGAAUGCUGGCAUUAAUCUUAACCUUAACCCUAAUGCCAAUCCAGCUGCCUGGCCUGUACUUGGACAUGAAGGAACUGUGGGAGCAGGCAACCCUUCCAGUAUUUGCAGUCCAGUCAGUGCCAUAGGUCAGAAUAUGGGCAACCAGAAUGGGAACCCAACAGGCACCUUGGGUGCUUGGGGAAACUUGCUGCCGCAAGAGAGCACAGAACCACAAACGUCCACUUCUCAGAAUGUGUCUUUCAGCGUACAACCUCAGAACCUUAACACUGAUGGACCAAAUAACACUAACCCCAUGAACUCUUCACCAAACCCUAUCAAUGCAAUGCAGACAAACGGACUGCCGAACUGGGGCAUGGCUGUUGGCAUGGGGGCCAUCAUCCCGCCCCACCUGCAAGGCCUUCCUGGUGCUAACGGAACAUCGGUUUCUCAAGUCAGCGGGGGCAGUGGUGAAGGAAUGGGCAGUUCAGUGUGGGGGAUGUCCCCAGGUAAUCCUGCCACAGGAAACAGCAAUUCUGGGUUCAGUCAGGGGAAUGGAGACACUGUGAACUCAGCAUUAAGUGCUAAACAAAACGGAUCCAGCAGUGCUGUGCAAAAGGAAGGAAACGGAGCGAACGCGUGGGAUUCGGGGCCUCCGUCCGGUCCCGGGGUCCUGGCGUGGGGCAGGGGCGGUGGCAGCGGAGGUGUUGGUGGUGUGCAUUCUGGAGCUUGGGGCCACCCCAACCGUAACACCAGCAACGGUGUCAACGGGGAGUGGGGCAAGCCCCCAAACCAGCAUUCCAAUAGCGACAUCAAUGGGAAAGGAUCAACAGGGUGGGAUAGCUCUAGUGUUACCAGUCCGAACCCUGCCAUGCAGCAGGGCAAUGAACAAAUGAACUCUUGGGCCAAAGCUGCAGCAUCUGGCACCACGGCUAGUGAAGGAAGCAACGACAGCGGUGGGAGUCAAAAUGAAGGCAGUACUGGGAGGGAGGGGGCUGGAGAGGGCAGGAGGAGAGACAAAGGGAUGAUAGACCAAGGGCAAGUUCAGUUGCCAAGAAAUGACCUUGACCCCAGGGUCCUGUCCAAUACGGGGUGGGGACAGACCCCUGUAAAGCAAAACACUGCCUGGGAAUUUGAAGAGUCCCCAAGGUCUGAACGGAAGAAUGACAAUGGAACAGAGGCCUGGGGUUGUGCAGCUACUCAAUCUUCAAACUCAGGGGGGAAGAACGAUGGGUCCAUCAUGAACAGUACAAAUACCUCUUCAGUAUCUGGGUGGGUCAACUCUCCACCGGCAGCUGUUCCAACAAAUACAGGUUGGGGAGACAAUAACAACAAAGCACCAAAUGGCCCGGGGGGGUGGGGAGAGUCAGCAAGCUCUACUACUGUUAAUAAUGCUGCUGCUGCCAAAAGCGGCCACGCUUGGAGUGGGACCGCAAAUCAGGAGGACAAAUCACCUACCUGGGGUGAACCUCAGAAACCCAAAUCUCAAAACUGGGGAGAUGGACAGAAAUCAAAUCCAAGCUGGACUUCAGGAGGUGGAGACUGGACAGAUUCAUCAUCUGUUCCUGGACACUUGGGUGAUGGGAAGAAGAAUGGAUCUGGAUGGGAUUCUGACAAUAGAUCGGGGUCUGGCUGGAAUGAUUCCACAAGGUCUGGGACCAGUGGGUGGGGAAAUGGCACAAACAGCAAGGCUAAUACAGGUACAAGUUGGGGGGAAUCUUUAAAGCCAGGCCCCCAACAAAAUUGGGCUAAUAAACCCCAGGACAACAAUGUGAGUAACUGGGGAGGAGCUGCUUCUGUAAAACAGACGGGGUCAGGGUGGGUUGGUGGGCCAGUGCCAGCCAAACAAAAAGAGAACUGUGAGGCAACUGGCUGGGAAGAGCCAUCGCCACCGUCCAUUCGCCGCAAGAUGGAAAUCGAUGACGGUACCUCAGCUUGGGGCGACCCAAAUUACAACAACAACAAGACUGUAAACAUGUGGGAUAGAAAUAAUCCUAUAAUUCAGAGCAGUACCACAACCAACACCACCACCACUAGCACCAUUAUCAACACCAACAUGGUUGAACCUCAGCCAUCGCACCAGCCAAGUGCCCAGCCAAACCGGUCCCCGCUGCUUGGCCCAGCAGGCUGGGGAGAGAUGCCUGCUGUCCACACAAAGACCGAAGCUUCUUGGGGAGAGCCCUCGUCCCCUUCUGCUGCAGUUGAUAAUGGCACUUCGGCGUGGGGGAAACCCCCCAGCAGUGGGACCGGGUGGGGAGAGAAUCCUGCCGAGCCGGCAGGGACAUAUGGAAGAACAAACGCUCCAGCUGCUGCCCCAGCACUGUGCAAACCAGCUUCAAAAUCUAUGCAAGAAGGCUGGGGCAGUGGUGGGGAUGAAGUGAAUCUCAGUACUAGUCAGUGGGAAGAUGAAGAAGGAGAUAUGUGGAAUAAUACUGCUUCACAAGAGAGCAGCUCCUCCUGUAAUUCCUGGGGGAAUGCCCCGAAGAAAGGACUUCAAAAGGGCAUGAAGACAUCUAGCAAGCAGGAUGAGGCCUGGAUCAUGAACCGUCUGAUAAAACAGCUCACAGACAUGGGCUUCCCUAGAGAGCCAGCGGAAGAGGCCUUGAAGAGCAACAGUAUGAAUCUCGAUCAGGCCAUGAGUGCUCUGCUGGAAAAGAAGGUGGAAAUGGACAAGCGUGGAAUGGGAGUGACCGACUAUAAUGGAAUGGUCACCAAACCCCUUGGCUGCCGCCCACCACCAAUCUCCAAAGAGUCUUCCAUGGACCGCCCCACCUUCCUUGACAAGCUCACCCUUUCUUUCUCCAAUCAGGAUGGCGGCCUAGUGGAAGAGCCCACUACUUCACCAUUUUUGCCUUCACCAAGCCUGAAGCUCCCCCUUUCAAACAGUGCACUCCCUAAUCAGACCCUGGGCGGGAUUGCCUCAGGGCUGGGCAUGCAAAACUUGAAUUCUUCUAGACAGAUACCGAGUGGCAAUCUGGGUAUGUUUGGCAAUAGCGGAGCAGCACAAGCCAGGACCAUGCAACAGCCGCAGCAACCGCCAGUGCAACCUCUUAAUUCAUCCCAGCCUAGUCUUCGUGCUCAAGUGCCUCAGUUUCUAUCCCCUCAGGUUCAAGCACAGCUUUUGCAGUUUGCAGCAAAAAACAUUGGUCUCAGCCCUGCACAGUUAACCUCGCCAAUUAAUAAUCCUCAGCAUAUGACGAUGUUGAACCAGCUCUAUCAGCUGCAGCUGGCGUACCAACGUUUACAAAUCCAGCAGCAGAUGUUACAGGCUCAGCGUAAUGUUUCCGGACCCAUGAGACAACAGGAGCAGCAAGUUGCACGUACAAUCAAUAACAUGCAGCAGCAGAUCCAGCAGCACCAGCGCCAGCUGGCCCAGGCCCUGCUUAUGAAGCAGCAGCCUCCCCCUCCACAUCUAUCUUUGCACCCCUCUGCAGGCAAAUCAGCCAUGGAUAGCUUUUCACCCCAUCCCCAGGCUCCCGGCCUACCUGACCUGCAGACCAAAGAGCAACAGUCUUCACCGAACACCUUUGCUCCUUACCCUCUUGCUGGACUGAACCCGAACAUGAAUGUAAAUAACAUGGACAUUACUGGUGGUUUGUCAGUGAAGGACACUUCUCAGUCCCAGUCUCGCCUUCCUCAGUGGACACACCCCAACUCAAUGGAUAAUCUGUCUAGUGCUGCUUCUUCUCUUGACCAGAACUCCAGCAAGCACGGUGCUAUACCUGGAGGUUUAAGUAUUGGUCCUCCAGGAAAGUCCUCCAUUGAUGACUCCUAUGGCCGGUAUGAUCUGAUUCAGAACAGUGAGUCUCCUGCCAGCCCACCCGUAGCUGUUCCUCACAGCUGGUCACGUGCCAAAUCCGAUAGUGAUAAGAUUUCCAAUGGCUCCAGCAUAAACUGGCCACCAGAGUUUCAUCCAGGAGUGCCAUGGAAAGGACUGCAGAAUAUUGAUCCUGAAAAUGACCCCGAUGUUACUCCUGGAAGUGUUCCAACUGGGCCUACCAUAAACACCACGAUACAGGAUGUUAAUCGCUAUCUCCUCAAGAGUGGAGGGUCAUCCCCAACAUCAUCUCAGAAUGCCACGCUGCCUUCAUCGAGUGCCUGGCCGCUUAGUGCCUCCGGCUACAGUAGCUCUUUCAGCAGCAUUGCAUCUGCACCUAGCAUUGCAGGUAAACUGUCAGACAUCAAGUCCACGUGGUCCUCUGGCCCGAUCUCUCACACACAAGCCUCUCUGUCCCACGAACUCUGGAAGGUACCCAGAAACACUACGGCUCCGACGAGACCCCCUCCAGGCUUAACCAACACCAAGCCAUCAUCCACGUGGGGAGCCAGUCCCCUGGGCUGGACCAGCUCUUACUCCUCUGGUUCUGCAUGGAGUACUGACAGCUCAGGGAGAACAAGCAGCUGGCUGGUUCUUCGGAACCUCACCCCCCAGAUUGAUGGUUCCACACUGCGGACACUGUGUUUGCAACACGGCCCUCUCAUAACAUUCCACUUGAACCUGACACAAGGGAAUGCUGUGGUCCGAUACAGUUCCAAGGAGGAAGCAGCCAAGGCCCAAAAGUCUCUGCACAUGUGUGUCCUGGGAAACACUACCAUCCUGGCCGAGUUUGCUGGUGAGGAAGAAGUGAACCGUUUCCUCGCGCAGGGCCAGGCGCUGCCGCCCACCUCCAGCUGGCAGUCCAACACUGGAUCCACCCAGACCCGCCUGGGCUCCUCCGGCAGCUCCCACGGCCUGGUGCGCCCCGACACCGGCCACUGGAACCCCCCCUGCCUGGGGGGCAAGGGCAGCAGCGACCUGCUGUGGGGGGGGGUCCCCCAGUACUCCAGCAGCCUUUGGGGACCCCCCAGCGCCGACGACGGCAGAGUCAUCGGGAGCCCCACGCCUCUGAAUACUCUUCUCCCGGGGGAUCUUCUCAGUGGGGAGUCCAUCUAGGAAACGAGAGAGAAAACAAAAUGGAAAUAACAAUCAUCAGCACUAAAGGAAAAAAAAUUUAAAAAAAAAAUUAAAAAAAAAAAAUUGUAACCCUUUCCAGUCCCGGGCUCGAUGAAGAAUCCAGCUUUAACCCAUGAGACUGGCAGCCCUCCUUAGUACCUCUGUCCAAUAUCGAAUCCGAAACUGCAGAAGUCCUUGUGAACUGUUCCUGAAACAGUAUGGGCUCCUUUUGGUCAGUGUCACAUGCUAAUGACAGGUUUUAUUGGUUGUUUUUUUUUUUCAUGGCUUUUUUUGUUUUAUGUUGUCUUUUUAUGUUUGUAUGGUGAUUUUUAUUUUUUUUUUUUCAAAACCAAGUAUAAAAGCUGCUUAGGAUAGGUCUAUCAUGAAGGGCACUUUUCAGAAUUUGGGCUGGAAAGGGUUAUUUUAUCAACUUGGGGAGGGGUGGGAAGGGGAAAUGAAAGCCUAUUUAAAUGAGCCUGUGACUAUUAUGCACAUUACAGAGGCGGACCCAAUAAUCAGAAAGGGUGAAGUGUGAUAUUUACCAUUGGUACAGAAAAGUGACGAAUCCAAGUGGGAACUAUGGACUGUACAGGUUGAGUGGGGGGGAGGGAGGGCAGGGUUGGGGUAUCUCUGUGUCCACUACUCCCAUGGAUCUGCCUAUGCACAUUGCCCUUGUUUCAUUACUUUUUCAUGUCAUUUUUUUUAAUCCCAAAAAUAUAAAAAAAGAAAAAAAGUAAAAAAAAAAAUCAACAAAGAAACAAAAAAAAAUUAAAAAAAAAAAAGGCAACAAACCAUAUCAACAUGCAAAUACUUGAAUCCAGCAGGCCAAUAACAAAAUGUGAACACUUUCUGAGUUGAAUUAUUACACUUCCAGGUCAGCAUCAGUACACAAAAAACAGGCUCUAAGAAUUUUUUUUUAAAAAAGUUCAGACUCUAUGUUUUUGUUGGGACAGAUGUGAGUGUGCCUGUGCGUGUGUGUGUGUGAGUGUGUGUGUGCCCACGUGCGGUUUAACUCAACGUGUGAAGUUUUUCCUUUUGAUUCAGUAUAUGCUUUUUAUUUGCUCAUUGGUCAAAUGUUUAAUUGUUAUUAGCUUCUAACUUUGCACUGAGUGUCCGCAGCCCUUCUUGUAGCUAAUCCUGUAAUGGUAAAAAAAAAAGAAAAAAAAAGGACAAAAAAAAGGAAAAAAAAAAGAAAGAAAAAAAAA